CGUUGUCUUACGCGUCUCGUGUCUUCCCAGACUGAAAAAAAGUUGUCCGGAAAACCAGGGAAAACAACUGUUUUCCGUGCAUUUUCUCACCUUCCGAUCACCCGUCGACAUUCAGUGAUUGAUCAAUUUGCUGUUUUGAUAGUUCUCUUGGGAAUAUAUCUGAAUAAUCAGCGGAAAAUUGGGUGAUCGCGUUGGCGACCUGAUGAAAAAAUCGCAUUAUCGAUGAUUCGCUGUGAUUCACUGUCCUCCAAGUAGUGACACUGUUAUCUAGUCUGUGACUAUAAAUAUCGUAUGAUAAGGUUGAAUAGAAGAUGACAGAAGGCGUGAUAAAGAAAAAUCAUCAGUGAUUCCGUGGAAAAGCCAUUUGUGGUAGAAAAAAUCUUGUUUUGCACUGCCACCGUGUUUGCAUCUUCAAUUAAAUCGCCAGUGUCCGGCUCGAUAGUGGUGCAAAAAAGUGUGAGAAAAGAGUGUCAAUCAUGUUAAAGAGCAGAUCAUUUGAGGAAAAAACGAACUUGACGACGCUCCUGUCGACCCAGCAGUUGCCAAUAAUUGAUUUGGCACACAUGGGCAUUGAGGAGGUUCCAGUUAAAUCGGUGGUGAACCGUGUUGCAAAUCAACUUCACAAAGCUAUGUCGGAGCGAGGCCUGGCCGUGCUGGUGAAUCAUGGGAUAGCCGAGGAGAAGUUGAAUACGGCAUGGAAGUAUUUGGACACGUUUUGUGAGUUACCGGCAGACAUUAAGGAUGUUUACUUGCGGAAGCGGGACGGUGGCAAUCAUGGAUAUGUGAAGCCGGGUCAGGAGAAGUUUAAUGGGAAGAAAAAGGAGCUGAGGCAUGCCUUCAAUAUUUGCAUGCUGAGCGGUGCAUCGCUCCCUGAGGACCCACUGCCGGGCUUCAGGGAUCACAUUGCUGAUCUCACGAAGGACUUCCGCAAUUUAUCUUCACUGCUCCUGCAGGCACUGGCCGUGGCGCUCGAGCUGCCAAUGAACUAUUUCCUGGAGAGACAUGCCCACAUGCUGUCUGGGACGAAUGAGAAUGAGACAACAUUGCGACUGCUGUACUACCCGCCAGUCGUGGAGGACGACAAUAAAUGUGAAUUGGUGAAGGGGAAUGUGAGCUAUCAGUAUCAAAAAUGCGCCAGUGAUCAGCUAAAUCUUGAGAGUCUGACUGAUAAGAAUGACGUGGACGAGGGUGAUGAUAAAGAUGAUGCCAGUGGCUUGGAGAAGCAUCGCGGAUUCACUCGAUGCGGUGCACAUUGCGAUUAUGGCACAUUUACCCUCCUGGCGCAAGAUUCCGAAGGUGGACUCGAAUGCAAAUUGCCACAGACGGAGCGUUGGCAGCGCGUUGGUCAUUUACCUGGAUCCAUUCUUAUCAACACUGGGGAAUUGCUGAGCAUGUGGACCGAGAAUAAGUAUCCGGCUUUGCCCCAUCGUGUUGUUGUGCCCGACAGUGUGUACUGUCGCACAAAAGGGAGACACUCAAUGGCCUUCUUCUGCCACCCAGACAAUUCCACCGUCAUCGCUCCCAUUGAAUCGAAAAUUUUACAGCCGAUCGAUUCUGAGGAGGACUUGCAGAAGAAGAAGAAAAAGAAGAACAUACUCAUCACCGCCUAUCAAGUGGUCCAGAACAAGUUUAAGCAAACUUACAGUGCCUGAGAACCAAUUUGCGCUACUUUCACGAACUCCUUCGCGAUGCAUCAGCGCCGGCAUUGUAUUAGGUAUGCGGCCAAAUUAGAUUUACAAUAUAACACUCGAUGGGAGGUCGUGAAAGGCAGAGUAUCUCUCGGAAGUUUGGGAGAAUUUAUCCAUCCAGUUCUAUGCAGAAUCAUUCGUGAGUAUCACCGCCGAAUAAUACUCCAACUGUGCAGGCAAAGUCGGGAGAGUGCUUGCGAAAUCCCUUCCUUGCAGCAAUUCAUGCGAUUAUUGGUACUUUUAUAAAUCUUAUUACACUUAUUUUACUACUCCUCCAUGUAGAGAAUGAGAAAAAACGUAUGUACUUGAAUGCGUUGAGAGAUGUAAUGCUAUGUACUUAGUUUACACUUAAUAUAUGACUUU